GACUGAUGAACUUCAAGAUUUACUCGUCUAUCCCAACCAGUACCCUAGUUACAAGCAGAAGAAGACGAGCUCUUAACUUCAGGUUGGCUCGUAUAUCUGUAGCUCUGGUGAUAAUCUUCUUGGUGUUCAACACUCCUCGUCUCACAAUAGGACUUUACGAGGUAACAAAGCUUGAAUCUAUAAUUGAUUGUUUCUCCAACAAGCAGAGAUAUUAUCCAUCCACGGUUCAGCUAGUUGGAGAUAUCUGUUCUCAGUACUGUGCUGUACUGAACUCAAGUGUGAACUUCUGUGCCUACUGUAUGCUGGGAAGUCAGUUUCAAUCUGAACUACGAAACCUCAUCUACUCACUGUGCGGUAGAACCAGCCAGGCACCUCAGAUCACAGUGGUUCAAGAAAUGGUGAUGCAAACCUCCAAACCAGUAGUCUCGUUGAUCACCCCGGCUCAAGCAGCUCUGUAUAUGGAAACCUCGAAACCUUUAGUCCCGUUGAUCACCCCAACUCAAGCAGCUCUGUAUAUGGAAACCGAACUGUAAAGUGUCCUGUACGGUACACUGUAAAUUGUACACUGUACGGCAUACAACCAAGUCUGUAAACGAAAAAAUCCUGUUGCAGUUAUAAAUGUUGUGUGAUCUAUACAAUUGAAGUGAUUUAUAUGAACAAUUUACAAUGAAUUGUCAUCAGAACUUUCCCCUCAACCAUUUUUGCAGUUCUGAAUCAUGAAGACAAAAAUCUACAAAACGCUUUGUUCAGUUAAAAGUUUCUUGGUUAUUGAAAAAGUUAAGAUUUUUGCUUCUCGAUGUGCAUAUUCUACAGGGUGUUCUAAUUAACAUGGGAAUUGAGUGACAAUUUGUAUACCGUCUUUGUAAAUGAUUUUUUGAUUAAGUGAUGCCCACAAGGAAAGCUUGAACCCACAGAUGUUUUGUCUAUUAGAGAUACGAAUUAGGUAAUACAGUGCUAAUUCUUAACAAAUUCGUCAAUCUAUUCCUAUGUGUUUUGGGACAACCUGUAUAAGUUCACUGAUAUUUAAAGAACAUCUAUACUUUUCAGCUCUGUAGAAUAAAGGUAAUUUAUUGCCACAAAGUAAAUUCGAUAAUAGCUCAAAGCACAGCGCAUUUGACCAUCUAUUUAAAAAAUUGAAAAUGGCGAAAAAUCAAAGAUUCGCAGUUUGGUUUGUUGCACAGUUACAAUUAUUAAAUUAUUUUAAUUUUUUAUAUUUUUAAUUAUAACGAAAAUGUUAUAUAUAGACUAUCUGAAUAUUAAUGUAAAUAGGAAUGAUCCCCAAUGUAUUAUAUUCUACUAUAUAUGUAAUAUAAAUGGCUAUAAAUACCUUA